UAUAUGUACUGUUGUAUAUUUUUUCUCAUUGUUUUCAGUCUGUGAUCGAACCGAAUACUUCCAAUGGAAGGUUCUGUAGAUUUAAUGUUAACGUUGAUGUUAUUUUUCUCAGGUAUGUCUAUAUCUGUUCACCCUGCAGAUGUGGUUGCUUCAACUAAGCUGACUUGCUUAGUGUUGCCUAAUGAGCAUUGUGCUUUGCUUGCGCCAAAAUCAAUCUGGAAUGCAGAUAAGGCACAAGAGAUGUGUGCACUUGUGGAAAAUAUAUUGCAUUUGGAGCCAAUUGAAUUAAAUGUAUUCCGGGGGAUCACUUUGCCUGAUGCUCCAAAAUUUGGGAAGGUCUUUGGAGGACAGUUAGUUGGACAGGCAGUGGCUGCAGCAUCAAAGACGGUUGAUUGCCUUAAAAUUGUACACAGUUUACAUUCAUAUUUUCUUCUUGUUGGAGACUUUAACAUGCCGAUCAUAUAUGAAGUUCACCGUCUACGUGAUGGCAACAACUUUGCUACCCGGAGAGUAGAUGCAAUACAAAAAGGGAAUGUCAUAUUUACAUUACUUGCUUCUUUUCAAAAAGAAAUUGAAGGGUUUGACCACCAGGAGCCGAGAAAACCAUCUGUUCCAGAUCCGGAUACCCUUCUAUCGAUGGAAGAAUUACGUGAGAAGCGUCUUACUGAUCCUCGUCUUCCUAGGGGCUACCGGAACAAGGUUGCUACAAAAGAAUUUGUUCCUUGGCCUAUAGAGAUAAGGUUUUGUGAGCCUAACUAUGCUACCAAUCAGACUAAAGCACCCCCCAGUUUAAGAUAUUGGUUUAGAGCAAAGGGAAAACUUUCAGAAGACCAAGCUUUGCAUAGAUGUGUUGUGGCCUACACUUCCGAUCUAAUAUUUAGUGCAGUCAGUUUAAAUCCACACCGGAGAAAAGGUUUUAGGUCAGCUUCACUCAGUCUGGACCACUCGAUGUGGUUCCAUAGGCCUCUUAGAGCUGAUGACUGGUUAUUAUAUGUGAUUUGUGGCCCUACUGCCUUCAAUGGACGCGGUUUUGUUGAGGGUGAAAUAUUUAACAGAAAGGGACAGCUUGUGGUAUCGGUGACCCAAGAGGCCCUGCUUAGGGAAGCCAGACAUCCAAAUCCAUCUGCUGUAUCAAAGCUUUAAUGAGAGUAUUGCUGCAUUCAGAAAUGGACUGUUGGGAAUUGCUCAGAUAUCAGUGCUUGAAAUUCUACUUGAAUAUAAUUUUGGAGGUUCAAGAUUAUCUAGGCGCAAGAAACAAGAUCAAAAUAAUGGGCUAAAAUAAUCUUAUUGCAUGAUCUUAUGGACCAAAAGGAGAGCAUAAUCUGCUGCUCUCAAUAUAUACUAUAUAUAUAUAUAUAUAUAUGACAUUCUGCCAUGGGUUUUUCCCUUUUGCAUUGUAUUCUAAAUCUCUCUUACGGCGAA